CGAUAACAAUUAUGAACGGCAUUUCAAACCUAGAUGCAUAUUCUAGUGUUAGAUGUCCAGGUACUCACCUCGUUGGUUCGAUAGCGAUGACAUCGAGACAAAAGUCAUACCCCGCUGCCCGGACUUUCCGCUGCUGUCCGAAUGUCAACUACCCCUGCCCGGAGGUCAGUCAACGCUGCUAGGACCAACAGAGUUGACCCAGAUGUCGCCGGUCGCCAGAGCUCGUUUGCCGGAGAAGGAUUCGCUGGAGCUCGCCGGCUGUUCUCACGCCAUCCGCCGGAGCUUCUACCCGAUUGCUCUGUCACCAAAGGAGAAUCGUCGCUCGCCGCUGGGUCAACUUGCCGCUGUGCCUAAGUCGCUGUCGAAGGUUGCCGGAGGACUGGGAGGUCUUCUUCCUCGCUUCACUUCGCCGGACCGAAAAUUGCUGAUCUUUGUCGCGAUCGCUGACCUCCGCCAUUCAGAAGCGCGAUUCAAAUGGGAAGGAAGAGACGGGGAUGAAGGCCCGGACUCUACAACCGCUGUGCAUGGCACAUCCACUACACCGCAGCACCAUUCUCCUUCUCCUCUUGGCAAGGAGGACGCACAUACCACUGGUUCAGUUACUCAGGAGGAUGUAGAGGACAGCGAUGGCGUGUCACGGGUUUCUACAGAUGAUGAGAGAGAUUAUGGCGAGCAUGGGUAUCCUUUGGAUGAGAACGGUCGUAUUAUUCCCGUGGCCAAGGGUGACACUGAUUAUUUUACCGUGAAGGAAAUGCGACGCCGUGCAUGGGAAACUCUUCUUCGGGGGGAAGAAUACACGCCGGCUGCUUAUGCUCGUCAUCCCCGUUUGAAGCAUGCCAUGAAGUGGGCUGAGGAAACAUUGAGAAAAUAUGAGGAACUUCAUGGACCUGUCAAUUUAGAUAAUGGGCCUGUUAAUUUGCCCAUGCCGUCCCGCCGGGAGUUGGGCCGCUUAACGUGACCACUCCUUCUCUUAGCCUUUGGGCCUACACUUUUCCUAACCUUCGGGCCACAUAUCCUCUCCAUUAUGGACUUCUUUCUUUUAGCCUCCGGGUCUCAUCUUUUAUCCUUAUUAGAUUUCUUUCGUUUAGCAUAAUUGCCUUCUUUACUUAGUGCGUGAGUGGGAGUUAUGUUCCCUCCCCCAUGUCUUUUACUUCAUUUACUUUGCUUAUUGGGUGAGUUGGAGAUUUGUUCCCUCCAUCCCUAUCUUUAUUUAUGCGAAUAAAACUAGAUUAAUUUU